GACGUCACACAAACACACGAAAAAAUGGCGGCUCUGAGUAGUGACUUUAGCGACUUGGUCCAGAUUAAAAAGCAGCUGAUUUCUAUGAUCUCGCAAUGCAAGGAGCGUGGACUGGUACACAGUGUAAAGUGGGCAUCCGAGUUGGCUUUUUCUCUUGAUCCUCUCCCAUUGAGUGAGCUUCCCACUCCACCACAGGUCACUGAGGAUGAAGCCCACGACUGGGAUGCUUUGUGUUUGGCAAAGUCGUAUUUUGAUCUAAAGGAAUAUGAUCGUGCAGCGUAUUUCCUGCGUGACUGCCGCAGUCAGAAAGCAUAUUUUCUCUACAUGUACUCGCGCUAUCUGUCAGGAGAGAAGAAAAAGGACGAUGAGACGGUGGACAGUCUGGGUCCUCUGGAGAAGGGUCAGGUGCGCAAUGAAGCUCUGAGGGAACUGAGAGUGGAACUAAGCAAGAAACACACUGCCGGAGAACUGGAUGGAUUCACACUCUACCUGUACGGGGUUGUGUUGAGGAAAUUGGAUCUGAUGAAGGAAGCAGUGGAUGUGUUUGUUGAGGCAACACACUCUCUCCCUCUCCACUGGGGUGCCUGGCUCGAGCUCUGCAACCUCAUCACCAACAUUGACAUGCUGAAGUCUUUAUCCCUGCCGGAUUGUUGGGUGAGGGACUUCUUCAUGGCCCACAUGUAUACAGAGCUGCAGAUGAUUACAGAGGCACUGGAGAAAUACCAGAGUCUAAAGGAGGCUGGAUUCUCCAAGAGUACCUACAUCAUCUCCCAGAUCGCUGUCGCCUACCACAACAUUCGAGAUAUUGACCAGGCAUUGGAUCUGUUUAAUGAGCUCCGUGAACAAGAUCCAUUCCGCAUUGAGAACAUGGACACGUUCUCUAACCUGCUGUAUGUCCGGUCUAUGAAGCCGGAGCUGAGCUAUCUUGCCCACAGCCUGGUGGAAAUCGACAAGUACAGAGUGGAGACCUGCUGUGUCAUCGGUAAUUACUACAGUAUGCGGGGUCAACAUGAGAAAGCAGCUCUGUAUUUCCAGCGAGCGCUGAAACUGAGCCCUCGCUGUCUCGGGGCCUGGACGCUGAUGGGUCACGAGUACAUGGAGAUGAAGAACACGUCCGCUGCCAUUCAAGCCUACAGACACGCCAUCGAGGUGAACAAGCGGGAUUACCGGGCGUGGUACGGACUCGGUCAGACUUACGAAAUUCUCAAGAUGCCCUUCUACUCGCUUUACUACUACAGGAAAGCUCACCAGCUCAGACCGAAUGACUCCCGUAUGCUCGUAGCUCUUGGUGAAUGUUAUGAAAAACUCUCACAGCAAGUUGAAGCUAAAAAGUGUUACUGGCGAGCGUAUUCAGUGGGAGAUGUGGAGAAAAUGGCAGUGCUCAAACUUGCCAAGCUUCAUGAGCAGCUGAAUGAGUUGGAUGAUGCGGCUCAGUAUUACAUCAUUUACAUCCAGGAUAUUUUCUCUUGUGGGGAGCGGUUGGAGCAUGCGGAGGUGAGCACAGCGUUGCGUUAUCUCGGUCAGUACUACUUCAAGAACAAACUGUAUGAUGAGGCGUCACUGUGUGCACAACGCUGCUGUGACUACAAUGAAGUACGUGAGGAGGGAAAAGCUCUGCUGCGUCAGAUCUCAGCUGUGCGGGAACAGGGAGAAUCAUCGUCUGAGCAGAGUGCAUUUAACCCACUGAACACAGCCACACACACACUACAGAGUGUGUACAACACCACCACCACCACAGCCACCACCACCCCCAUUAGGAGAGUGUCACCUCUGGACCUGUCCUCCAUCACACCCUGACACACGCACACAGACAUACACCGAUCAGGCAUAACAUUAUGACCACCUGCUUAAUAUUGUGUUGGUCCCCCUUUUGCUGCCAAAACAGCCAUGAUCCGUCGAGGCAUGGACUCCACUAGAUCCCUGAAGGUAUGCAUUAUCCUGCUGAAAGAGGCCACAGCCAUCAGGGAAUACCGUUUCCAUGAAAGGGUGUACAUGGUCUGCAGCAGUGCUUAGAUAGGUGGUAUGUGUCAAAGUAACAUCCACAUGGAUGGCAGGACCUAAGGAUUCCCAGCAGAACAUUGCCCAAAGCAUGACACUGCCUCCGUCAGCUUGCCUUCUUCCCAUAGUGCAUCCUGGUGCCAUGUGUUUCCCAGGUAAGCGAUACACACGCACCCAGCCAUCCACGUGAUGUAAAAGAAAACGUGAUUCAUCAGACCAGGCCACCUUCUUCCUUUGCUCCGUGGUCCAGUUCUAAUGCUUACGUGCCCAUUGUUGGUGCUUUCGGCAGUACACAGGGGUCAGCAUGGGCACCCUGACUGGUCGGCGGCUAUGCAGCCCCUUACACAACAAACUGUGAUGCACUGUGUAUUUUUCCUGCUUCUAACACAUCAACUUUGAAGACACAAUGUUCACUUUCUGCCUCACACACUAACAGGUACCAUGAUGAGGAGAUAAUCAGUGUUAUUUACUUCACCUGUCAGUGCUCAUAAUGCUAUGGCUGAUCGGUGUAUCUCACUUUGUUAUAAUCCUGUACAGAUUGAUAUUUUUUAUUUGGCUCAGAAAUAACCUGUAUGAGUAAUUUGAGCAAAUAAAAUUGUUCAUUUUUGAAACAUUGCUACAGGAACAUGAUCACGAGGGUUUCAGGGCUGUGUCUCGGUUUCAGAAGCCUGACAAACAAUGCACACGGGGGAAAAAUCCAGGAAAAAGAUGAUGGUCUGACUGAAUUUUAUUGAUGCACCUCCUGCUGGUGUUUAGUCAGAACAGCGGUCUAUCAGGUGUAGUUCAGGUCACAUGAAUAAAUAUUCACUGGUCUUUGAUUCUUGGAGCUUUUGUACAACUUUUAAAUAAAACUGCAUUCAGUGAAUGAUCAAGUAAACAUGUUCACUGUUCUUGGGUUAAAAGGAGAGGGCUUGUGUAUUUCCUCAGUGUUUAUGAGAGUUGUUCAGUGUUUGCAUGUAGCAUGUUUGUACAUAGUAGUAAAUUUAGUAACGGCCUUCAUUUUUUUAGAGGAGGUGAGAAGCUUAUCAUGUGAUGUUUCAUACACAUUUCACCGCUGUGCUUUAGGCUUAAACUUCUACAAAUCUGAUGUGUGUGUGGAUUAAAAACGAUCCAGACAUGUC